AUGGCUUGCCAAUCGGUUUUAAUAGUUGCUGGGCGUAUUGACCCAGACUCGAAUCAAGAGAAGUUGUCGAAGCUUCUUUACGAUGGCUUGCUGGCUGCAUUUGGUGAGGAUCUGGACAAGUUAGAUGCACAAUUUUUAAAUUGUUUAACCAAGCCUGUGAAUGCAAUUGAUAGUAAAGAAUAUGGCUCAACAUUGGAGUAUGUUCUUCGUGAAAAUAUUUCCAUCCGUGUAUUAUUUAAUCCAACAUCAGAUCAAUUACGUUUUGGUUUGCAAGAAGCACUUAGUCAUGUGAUUGUCAAUAAUAAUUCAGUUGUUGAAUACCCAGUGACUCCAUCAACAUUGGGUAAAGUUUGUAUGGUGUAUAAUGGUCAACUACAUGGUUUUACUGGUGAUUGGUUAUUACAAGAUUCAUCUUUCAGUGGAAACAAUUUACUGUUAUGGCUUAAUAGUGAAGAAGCUAUGAGUUGGUGGCCUUAUUUAAAGAAAUUUUCAAAUUUUGGUGAUCAAAUUAAAUUACACAUUAUCACACCGAUUGCUGGUACUGGAACAUGUUGGCCAGUGGAUAAAUCUGGUCGUCCACAUACUGUACUUACACAAAUCAACACUCGUAUGGCUAAAAUUGACAUUCUUAUUGAAGCAAGUUGGCGUUUGAAUGGGAAACCAUUAAAUAUUCAUGGAAAUUUAUCUGGUUUUGAAGGAUUACGAUCAUUUGUUGAUCAUAUCAUACAUCAACAUCCGAUUACUACAAUACAGUCUGACUUAAAUAGUAUAUCAGCUGGUACUGCAUUAAACACUACACGUCCUGUAAUCUAUAUAUUCCCAGGACAUGGAAUAGCAUCACAAUCAUGUGCUUUAUUUGCUAUACAAGGUUUUACAGCACUUCUAGGCGGAAGUUAUACAUCACAAACGGUUCCAAAUUGGUGGUCAAUGGUGAAGCAUUUGCCAAAAUUAGAUGUUACACUUCUUCUGAUUGGUGUCCAUCAAGAUUCAAUUGGUAUAUUAGGUGAAAUAUUAGUGCCACCUGCAAAUACUUCCUCUACAGAAGGAUUGUCCGAUAUAUCCACUGGUUUAAUAUUAACUCCACCUUCACUUAUAUCAGGUCCUCAUCAAGGAACUUGGGCUUCAUCGUCUAAUCCUUCAAAUGACACCAUCCCUUCUUCUGUAGUUCUUUAUUCAAAGUUGGGUUGGGGUGAAUUAAAACUACAACCUUUGUCACAUCGUUCUGGUCUUGUACUUAUAUGGGAAUCAGUUGUACACGAUUUUACUUCACAGCAACCUUUGUGCAUUGUGAUGCCAUCUGUAUUACCAACAAACACUAAUCCAGUUCAAAAUUUGACACGAUUCAUUAAAGGAUUAUGCCAAAUUUCACAACUUUCUGGUCCAACAUCAAAUCGUACUAUCAAAUCAGCUGUUAAACUUGGGACGAAACAAUUAGUUCGAGCUCAACCUGCACGUCCUUCUAAACCUACUUUACAUGCAACAGGACAGAAAGAGACAAUUACAUUAAAAACAGCUAACUCUACAAUGAAUGCUAAGCCAUCACCAACUAAGCCUAUUUCAUCAACUCCUAAUCAUAAUCAACGAACAGCGACUACUACUCCAUUGAAGACGCCAUCGUUAGCAGUAAAUCAAUUGAAAAAACCGAUUAAUGAGAAUACAACUAACUCUAAAUUAAUGAAUAAUUCCCAUGGAGUUGAUUCUCAUCAAAAACGUCCAUUGUCUUCAGUAGACACAAAGAAAACAUUUAGUGCAUCGAAACCACAUGUUGCAACUACGAAGCCUGUUAAUGGCGAGUCGAAAACAACUAAUCGGCCAUUGUCUGGGCCUAAAACAACACCGCUAACAAAACCGAAGACUACAACUACUACCAUGGCAGAACGUUUGACAGCACAUUCUAAUCUUGUUAACCAGCAUGGAUCAAAAGCUCCUCCUCGUAAAUCAGAGCCAACAACACAUUUGCCAAAUAAAUUACAAACAAAGAAGACUUCUAAUUUAACUGUGACAAGUAAUCGUCUACCAAGCGCUAAACCUGUUAAAGAAGAAUCAGAAACAAUUGAACAGACGACAGAAUUGGUUAAUUCCUCCUUACCUCCUGUUACACUUCAGAAUAUAUCACUUAAUAAUGAACUAACAUCAGUCGAUCCAAUGUUAAACAGUUUGAUGAAAUCAUCUAUACAUGAAAACUCAGAAAACCAUUUAGACAAUUUAUCACUUACAAAUCAGUUUGUCAUAGCAGAUAAUAAACACAUCAUUUCAACAGGAACAUCAUUACAAAAUGAAGAAGAAGAACAAAGAGAAGUAGUAAAACAACCACAACAUGAAGUAGAAGAAAAGGAAGAAGAGUAUAAAGUACAUAAAGUGUUAAAAGAAAAUCAAAUGCUGGCAGAAGAAUCCGAUGAGCAAUUGACCAUUGACUUAGAAUGUGAAUUAAAACCAACUACACCAUUAUCGUGUGAUGACUCACUAGCCGAAGGUGAAGAAGUGGAGGAAGAGGUGGUGGAAGAAGAAGAAGAACAUGAUCACGAAGUGGUAGAGAAGGAAAUGAAUUCUUUUAAUCUAAAUCAGUAUGAACAAAAUCAAGUAACCGAGGAAAAGAUUGUAUCUUCAUUAGGAUUUCAUGAUAUGCAAUCUUACAAAACACCAUUUGAUACUCCAUUUGAUGUAGGUAUAACAGAAUCGUCAACAGUUUUUGAAACUGAUAGUAAUAAAUCUGUAGGUAAUAGUGUAGUAAUCGAACAACAUGAACCACAGCAUUUAGAACAAAAGGUAGAAGAUGAAUUAAACAGAAAUGUUGAUAUCGAAGAUAACCAAACCUAUGUGAAUCAUUUACAGGAAGAAUCCUUACCAUUCAUUGUCAACAAACAGUCGCUGGUCGAAAAUUCUCACGAUAUAAAUUAUUUGACAAAAAUGCAAGAAACGGGACAAAAUGAUAGUAUUUUUGAGUCUGAAUUCAAUGUAAAUAAUGUUUUAAAAGAACAAAAGGUUGUUGAACGCAACGAAGAAAAUUUCCAAGACGGAGGUGAACAGCGACAACCAGAGAAGGAAUUUAAUUUAGGCACUCAAGACUUAUCAUAUGAAAAAGAAGAUAUUAUUUGCCAUCGUUAUGACAACUCUAUGAGUGUUAUAGGGAAUGGUUUAUCUCCGUUGACCAAUAAAACAUUGAAGUUGGACGAACAAAUGUUCCCAUGCAAUGAUGAUGCUUUUGUAACUACACCAGGUGAAAUGGAUAAUUCCUUUGACAAGAUACAAAGUCAACGACCAAUAGAAGAAGGAUACUAUGAACAAAUUAAACAGUAUCCAGAUGAAGAUGAAACGAUACAAAUGGAAGGUAGAGAAAAGUUGCUAAAUUACUCAGUUGAUCAUUCACAAGAUGAACUAUCUUCAUUCCAUGCUGUAACAGAUAUUGAUGCUAAUAUAACUAGUGAUUUGAUGCCUGAUUUCACUGAUCCUCGAUUUAGUAACGUGACAGAACAACCUCACUUUAAAGAAGAAGAGAAAUCUGGAAACGAAGAUGAAUGUGAAAUACACUAUCAGUCACAAUCAACCGAAGAAACGUAUGAUGAAAAUGUGCAGGAUGUACAAUAUGUCCAAAGAGAACAAAUUGCAGAACAUUUCAACGAUACUAUAAGUCAGUUACAGGAUCAACUGUCUCCAUCUGUUUUUGAGAAAGAGUUAGUUGAAGAACCUCAUGAAUUACUACAGUCCUCAAAUGACUUAGACACAGAACAAAAAGUAAUUGAAGAAGCUGAUGUGAACGAAACUGAGCCUAAAGUAAUCGAUUUAAAUAAAAUUGAAGGAGUAAACAUCAUCGGACCAUCUGAUUUUCUCACAGAAGUUAUUCCUUUAUCUGACGAGCAGAAUAAUGUGCAUAUCAAUCAACCUUAUAGUUAUGUGCCUGAAGAUUAUUCACUUCAAAAUGAUGAUGAUAAUGAUGAUAAUGACGAUGAUAAAUUGACGAAAUUUUCACGAACUGAUGUAGUAAAAGCAAUGGAUAAUGAACCUGUUUACAAUCAAACACACAUCAAUCUCAUCGCUGGUGAACAAACACACUUAACACAAACUGCAGCAGAUGAAGAAGAAGAAGAAGAAGAAGGAGAACAAGUUACUAAUCUUGAUAAUAUACAAUAUCAUGAUGAUGUUAUAGAUCAUUCUUCUCAACCAUAUAAUGUCCAAACUCAUGCACACCUAGAUGAAAAAAGUGAGGAAGGAAAAUUAAAGAAAUCAUUUACAGAACUAACGGCAAACUAUGAAGAGAACUACGUACCUAAUUCCACUGAAACUGAAUAUGAACAAAAACAUGAACAAUAUCUAUCAGAUCAAGAAACACAUAUUGAUAUGGAUCAUCUACAAUUGGAUCAUCAUAAACAAAUUGAAGAAACUCAUUCAGAUAUUGAUGAAAUGGAAAAAGAAUUUGUCAUACCAUAUCAACAAAAACAAAUCAAUACUGAAUGUGAUGAAUCCUCUUUAAGUCACAUAAAUAUUGAUUACAAUGUGAAUUAUGAUAUGACAACUGAUGACUGCAAUAGAACAAUGAAUUCCGAUGAAAUUCACUCACAACAAAAUAUCGAAUCAGAGGUUGGAAAUGUUUCUCUAGAACAAGAUAUUGGAAAUGCUCAAGACGAUGAGAUGUUACAAGAUAAUUCAUUACUUAGUACAGCAACGACUUAUCCUAGUGAUCCUACUAAAUAUCAAGUUGAUUCAAGUACAGAUCAAAUAAUAAAUAAUAUUCAAACUCUAGAGGGAUUUCCAUACAAUAAUCAUUACCUGUCAGAUGAAACAAAUUUUACGAUCCAAAGAAAAGCCGAGACAAAUGAAAUUGACGAAGAAUCACAUCAAAAAGUAGAUUCGACAACCUACGAAGAAUCACAUAUUGUUAGUCAUGAUAUACAUAAUGAUGUUGAUAGUCCUAUUGAAAUUCACUCAAAUUCAUACCAAGAACUAAAUAACUCAUUACAUAUAGACACUGCAACAAAUGUUGAAGGUCAUCACCAACAGCCAUUUAUUAGUCCUGAUUCAGAAAUCUCAGAUAAUUCAACCGUACAAGUGCAGCAACACUAUGAAGAACGUGUACAGGAAUAUGAACAUCAACAAGACGAACAACAUUCUGAAGCUGAUUUAUUAAUUUAUAGUCCAAAUCGUUCAGUCUCACCAAAUUACAAUAUUGUCAGUUCAACACAACAACAUUCAAAUGAAGAAGAAGAAGAAGAAGAAGAUAGAGAUUAUGUUGGGGAUGAUACUGUCGUGUAUCACAAUGAUGCGGUAACGAUGAGUAAAGAGUCAGAAAUAGAUCUUCAUCAGGAUCAGCAUUAUCAACAAUUUGAUGUAGAUGAAAAAACUACUUGA